GUCUCAUAACCUGACAGACGUAAAUUAUAGCGCAAGCUUGCGCUGAGAGAAAAGAGGAGGUUCUUAAAGAGAGUUUUAAUUAUUUAUGUUUCCAGUAGAAAAAUAAUUACAGCGAUAUUGCACAGGGACUUAAUUUGUUGUCUUUGUCUUGCCAUGCAAGAAAACUGGAUAAGAUUACAGUAGGAAAUCAAAAGCUACAGCGAAGGAGAGGAGGAUGAAGCGGCGCAAUGCGGAAUGCAGUAAACUCCGACGGCCGUUAAAACGGAACCGAAUCACCGAGGGCAUAUACGGCAGGUAUAUGAAGCCAAGCGAUGGUACCUUCCUGUACCUGAAGUUCCUUGUGGUGUGGGCUCUGGUGCUGUUGGCAGACUUUGUGCUCGAGUUCAGAUUUGAGUACCUGUGGCCUUUCUGGCUCUUCAUCAGAAGUGUGUACGACUCCUUCAGAUACCAGGGGCUGGCAUUCUCUCUGUUCUUUGUGUGUGUGGCGCUUACCUCUGACACCAUAUGCCUGCUCUUCAUCCCAGUACAAUGGCUGUUCUUCGCUGCCAGUACCUACGUGUGGGUGCAGUACGUGUGGCACACAGAGAGGGGGGUCUGUCUCCCCACAGUGUCUCUUUGGAUACUCUUUGUGUACAUAGAGGCAGCCAUCAGAUUCAAAGACCUGAAGAACUUCCAUGUCGACUUGUGUCGCCCAUUCGCUUCACAUUGCAUUGGCUACCCAGUGGUGACACUGGGCUUUGGAUUCAACAGCUACGUCAGCUAUAAGAUGCGCUUAAGAAGGCAGGAGGUGGUGCAGAAGGAGAAUGAGUUCUACAUGCAGCUCCUGCUGCAGGCCCUGCCACCAGAGCAACAGAUGCUCCAGAGACAGGAAAGGGAGGCAGAGGAAGCUGCAUUAGCUAAAGGGAUAUCUGAGAUGGACUCCACCCCAGUCUCACAGAAUGGCGCCCCCGCCAGUAAAAAAAUGGCAGCUAUGCUGCCGGAGCUGGAGUACAGAGAUAAAGGGAAAGAGGGCCGCGAGGCCAAAAAGCAACACAACAGCAUCCUGCCAUCAUCGGUAGACUCUAAACUCCAGGAGAUGGAGUACAUGGAGAACCAUAUGAACAACAAGAGACUCACCACAGAGCUGGUGGGCAGCACAGAGAACCUGCUGCUGAAGGACGAGAACACCUCCUCAAAAAACUACAAGAACUCCAGCGGAAACGCGGCAGUCAACUCCUUGCCCUGCGGACACUGCGCCACCAACGGCAGCGUCCCAUCAGCCCCUUCCUCCUUUUCCUGGGGGAAGAAGCAGAAGUGUGCAGCGGGGAAGGGCCCAGCAGUAGGCUCCCACAGGGACCCAACAGACAACUGCAUCCCUAACAAUCAGCUAAGCAAACCUGAGGCGCUCGUACGGCUGGAGCAGGAUGUGAAGAAGCUGAAGGCAGACCUUCAGGCCAGCAGACAGGUGGAGCAGGACCUGCGCAGUCAGAUCGGCUCCCUUGGCAGCGCUGAGCGCUCCAUCCGCUCUGAACUGGGCCAGCUGCGCCAGGAGAACGAGCUGCUGCAGAACAAACUCCAUAACACUAUCCAGGCCAAGCAGAAGGACAAGCAGACCAUGGGCCAGCUGGAAAAGAGGCUGAAAGUUGAGCAGGAGGCCCACGCCAACGCAGAGAAACAGCUUGCAGAUGAGAAGAAACGCAAGAAGCUGGAGGAUGCCACCGCAGCCAGAGCCGUCGCUCUAGCAGCAGCAUCCAGGGGGGAGUGCACAGAUACAAUGAGGAGGCGGAUCACGGAGCUGGAGACAGAGUGUAAGAAACUAACCAUGGACAUCAAGCUCAAAGAAGACCAGCUCAGAGAGCUGGAGAUGACCGUGCAGGAGCUCCAGAAGUACAAGGAGAAUGAGAAGGACACAGAAGUGCUGAUGUCAGCGCUGUCGGCCAUGCAGGAAAAGACCCAGCACCUGGAGAACAGCCUGUCUGCAGAGACCCGCAUCAAACUGGACCUGUUCUCAGCACUGGGUGAUGCCAAGAGACAGCUGGAGAUCGCACAAGGUCAGAUCCCGCAGAAGGACCAGGAGAUCAAGGACCUGAAGCAGAAAAUAGCUGAGGUGAUGGCUGUCAUGCCCAGCAUCUCCUACACAGCUGACAGCAGCAACAUGACUCCCGUGGCCCCCCACUACUCCUCCAAGUUCAUGGACACAAGUCCCUCCGGCCUGGACCCAAAUGCCUCCAUCUACCAGCCACUCAAAAAGUGAACGCUCCCUCCAACAAGUCAUUCUCUUUUUUAUUUUUUUUAAAGCUGACCUCCAGAUCUGCUUGGAAGGUCUGUGACUUGUUUUGUUUUUCCUUGCCAGGUCCAAAGGAUGUUGAAUUGGGACUAUUUAUUGUAGUUUUUUUUUAAAGACUAGGGGACAUCACAUGUAAACCAGUUAUUUUUUCUUUUGGUAAAUCUCUAGUGAAACCUUACAGAAUUGGACUUAUGUAGGAUGUUUCAGUUCCCCCUUCUACUCCACCUGUUAGUUGGUCUCUGGUCUUGGUUAAUUCUGGUGUUGGUUUUAUUCAUUUAAAAUCUGGGAUGUGGAUCUCUGCUAGGAGCGCUCACCCUUAUUUCCAUGUUGGAAAUUCUGAUCGCUGAGUGCGGAUACCCAUUUUUUUUUAUGGUAGGACGUUACAAUCUGUACGUUGGUAUGGACUCUAGCCCUGUUUUGUCAAUGGUAUUUUUCAGUUGUGAAUAUCAGACCAAAUUGAACGUUCCAUUGGGUGUUCAUGGGGUUUUGUGGUAUUGGUUCUAUUAUGUUUGAACGUGGAUUGUGUGAUCUCCUAUUUACUUGUUGAUCUUACCACAAAGUUGAAGAAAAAAAUCACUGGGAUGAGAACAGAGCUGUACCAAGAUGUUAUGUUAGAAUAACAAGGGAUAAACUACUGUCAAUGUAAACCAUCCUCAACAACCCCAAAUGUUGAGUAUCAUCUGCAAAAUUACAUUUCUAUAAAAGCACCCUAAUUUCUACAAUACUUUCCAAAAGUGUUAAGCAAAGGCAGUAUUUUAGAGAAGUUAAUAUAUGAUAUGCCUUCUCUUUAAGCUCAGAAUAGUCUUUUGCAAAUUGUCAUGAUCACAGUGCCUUGAGACAGGGCCUCAGUUGUUGGAGUUAGUAGCCUGCUAUGCUAGAAAGGACUGAAGUACAGGGCUUUCCAACCACAUACAAUUAUAACCUGGACCCUAACCAUAGGCUAUCUUUUCUGAACCUAUCUACUUUCUCAACAGUUCGGACAAUAUGGCCACUUUUGUCUGGUCUAGCAUGGUCUAAUAUGGUAACCUUACUACGAAGUCUAUUCCAAACAGGCUCCCAGCAUGGGAGUCUACUGCAUCCAACUAUAACACAUCUCUCUACUGGAAACUCCUGUUCGUUUAACUAUUGUCCCUACUUAUGUUAUUGUUUUGACUUAAUUGCACGGUAAAAAAAAAAAAAAUCUGUUUGGAAGGAAAAACCGCUGAUGGAUUUUGUGUGUCUCUGACCUGUAUGUGUGUGUCUCUGACCUGUGUGUGUGUGUCUCUGACCUGUGUGUGUAAGUUAUACAAGAAAUGAGGCUCUGGAAAUGAUCAACGUUACAUUUUUUUCCCACAGAAUUCUGCAUGAUAAAUCUUUCUCCUUUUUAUUUGCUGAAAACUCAACUUCAGCCCAUUUGCCAAGAAAGGAUUAAUGGUUUUCUAGGAAUAUACUGCAAAGACAUUGGUUGACGCGUUUGACAAACAUUCUCCUCUGACUUGUCUGAAGUAUGUCAAGCAGGUGGGGAAACUGCUCACCUGUUUGUAAGUAGACUGUUUACGUAGUUUAAAGUUUUGUAAAUGUUACAGUAUUGGCUACUGCCUGGGACAUAGGCGUUAAGAACAGUCAACAAUUUCUUCACUACUCUUUGGUAUUUAUUUUUUAUUUAACCUCAUUUUCAUUCCCUGCAGGGAGGAAUAGCUUGAGCCUGAUGUGGUUUGCUGUCAUCUGAAAAUGGUAAUUUGUGUGUUAUGACCUACUGUAUAUGGAAACUUUUUGUACAGAUUAGUUUAGUCAAUUGGUCCUUCAACUGAUGUUGAACGUAUAAAAAGUGUUUAUUUUAUUUUUUUAAAUUAUGCCCAGUCAUUGCUCUGUUUCUCCCCAAGUCUGACCUCGGCUAGGCUUGAACACUGAGGUUUACAAGGAAUAAAUUAUUUUCUUGCAAAUGUU